GGGUUGGAGUUUCCACAUCCACUUUCCACUUUGACUGUACCCAUUCACGCUUCUUCCUCACCCUUUUCACUUCUCCGAUUCAUCUUCAGUUUCCGUCUCUUCUAUCUCUCUAUAUUCUAAGUAAGUUUUCGUUUUAUGCAUAAUAUCACGUGCUUUUGUUUUCCAGGCCAAUUCAAUAAUUUUUGGGCUAAUUUUCCUUUUAAAGCUCCUUGUCCUGGAAUUUCAACCUUUUCUUUUUAAAGAAAGAAACUUUAAUUCUAAAUUGGGAACAAACUUAUUAAUUGCGUGGAUCGACCUGAGUCCCACUUCCCUAAGGUCGAGGAUUUGUGAAAAGUUUUAAUUUUUUUCUUGUUUUGUUUCGAUUUUGUUGAUGGGAAAUUGGUGGGUGGUUUCUGAUGUGGAAAUUAUGUUUCAGGUUGGAGAGUAGGUUUGGGUGAAGGAGAAAGGGUUCCUUUUUUAUUUUAUUUUAUUUUAUUUAUUUUUGUGGGUAAGGACACAACAGCAUGCGGUGGUGGCUUAGUCUUUCUGUUGAUGUAUUUCGCAAAGGGAUUUCGUUGAAUCUGUAUUGCAAAGUGAUUCUGUAAUUUGUUUGUUGUGAUCUAAACCCUACUCAUCUUCUCUUUUAGCCGUUUCCAUGGGAUCCAAUUUCUUUGUUGUUCUUCCUUGCUACGUCCGUCAGAUCAGCUGAACGGUAGCAUAGCAAACUCUUCCAAACACAAAUUCAUCUAAAAAACCGUUAAUUAGCCUUUUCCUUUUUCUGAAGAGUGUUUAGUUAUAGGAGUUUGUCGUUUAGUUAUUUGGGCAUAGUUUAAUUGUUAAGUCAAAAACUGUUGCACUGGCGUGGAGGUGAAAAUAUUAGUUGUCCUCAGAAAAAAAAAAGGUGUGGUUCUUGCAUUUUGAAUUGGAGAGGGUUGGGAAGUAGUUAUGGUGUGCCAAGCAGCGAGUCAAACGAGAUUUCGGGCAUUGAAACAUGAAAAUGGAAUUGCCGGGAGCUCCACCAUUAUAGUUAGAGUUAUAGCAUGCUUUCAACCUCUCAGAGAAUGCCAGGCUGAAUAUUUCCGUCAUUUGCUCAAACCUGUCACGUAAUUGUUUUGCCUUGCUCCGUUUGGGUGGGUUAAGCCGGUGCUUUUAGUUGUUUUCCUUGUUCGUGAAAGAAGCCUUUUGUUACAAAUAGCUCUUGAGUUGUAAUCAUUUUUCUUCAGGUGAUUGUUCUGAUUGAAUGGGAAAAGAUUGUGGAACCUGGGUGCCGCAUCUACAAUUUGGAUGGCAAUCACCAAAUCUGAAACCCCUUGAUGUGGGGAAGCAAGAUGGUAGUUCUGCAGCUAUGAACCCUGGCUAUAAUAUGAUCUCUAGCAAUGAGACAAUGCCAGCUUUUGCGUCCUCUUCACUGCCACAUUUGCAGUUAGGACAUUCUGAUGAACCUGGUGGUUGGUUUUAUUGUUUGCCACGCUUUCGACAGGGAUUUACUCCUGCUCCAAACUUCACAGCUGAGGGUAAACCCCUUGCUGAUCAUGUGAAAGGUUUUGGUGACAGAAUUGCUCCCCAUGGUGAACCUAGCACCCCUCAGAAACAAUUUCUUGUUAUUGACCAAACGGGUGGUCAAACGACUAUUGUUUAUAGUUCUAGGUUUGGGAGUCCCAGUGAAUGCCGUGCUUCUUGGCAUUCAAAAUUGCAUGGUGCUAACUAUUUAAGGGGGAAUGAACCUUUAAGAAGAGAUUUGAAUCUGAAUUUGAAUCAUUUGACUCGGCCAACAUUGGCCAAUACAGUCGAUGAGAAUCCGGGAACCAGCAUUGAAAGUGAGAUGCAUGAAGACACAGAAGAAAUUAAUGCAUUGCUUUACUCGGACAGUGAUGACUAUUCUACCCAGGAUGGUGAUGAUGAUGAUGAAGUUACUAGCACGGGGCAUUCUCCAAGUACAAUGACCACUCAUGAUAACCAUCAAACCUUUAGGGCAAGUGUAGAAGAAGUUGCGAGCUCUUCCAGUAAAACCAAGAAGAGGAAGCUAUUGGAUGGUUAUUAUGAUGACAUCCAACUCAUCGAUACAGCCAGUUCUCAGAAUCUGAACAAAUCUUUUGCCACAGGAGAUGAUGCAGAAUCAAGAUGUUCUAGUAACAACAAUGAGGGAUCCUUGUCCGGCAGUAAGAGGAUGAAAAAGGAGAAGAUACGAGAUGUUCUGAGCAUUCUCCAGAGCAUAAUUCCUGGCCGGAAGGAUAAGGACCCAGUCAUGCUUCUCGACGAUGCCAUACAUUGCUUGAAAUCCUUAAAACACAAGGCUCAAGCGCUCGGACUUGAUGCCUUGUAAGUUGGAGAAUUCUUACCUGACAUGUCAUUGUUAGUCACGUAAGUAGUAUUUAUAAUGUAAGUUCUGGUCUGUUGCUUUGCUGGUUGUUCAUCAUACUUCAUGGAGUCUGCAGAAUAAACAAGGUAAUGGUUGUUAAGGAGCUUGUGCUCAGCAACGUACGUGUUACUUGUGAAAAACCGAGUAUAGUCUUCUGAAGCUCUUUCUUAGUUGGAGCUCGGAGAUCAGCUGUUAUAGUCAGUGAAUUGAAUCUAUGUUAAGCAUUGUAAUGAAAUCUAUGUUAAGAAUUGUGUAACGAAAGAUGGAAGUGUUCAUUGUAUCAAGCGCAAUAAAGGAACUAUGAAUCUUUAGUCCGUGUCUUAGACCAAGAGAAAGUAGCACUCACACCGGAGCAUAAGUGAACCAUUUUGAAUGAGAAGGCUGGUUGGUUAUUCCACAUAAGGAUCCAAAAACUAAGUGCACGCUGAUAUGGGACCAAACUUGUUUCCUGUUUUUCGUAUCCUUGUCAUGUUUAAAUCCUUUGUGGGUUAGGAUCAGAUGAAGAUAAUUUUCACUAUCUGUGAGAGUUCGAGGUAACUUUGUAGCUUGCAUGUGGGAAACAGAUAUUUGUAUUCGAGUUGUUCCCUACUUACUACAUUUAUGGGUUUGUGUUGUGUGUCGUAAUUGGUGUAUGGACUACUUAAAGAGGAUGGUAUGAUGUCUCUAUGGUUGGAUGCUAUUUAAUAUGGAUGGUGUUACUGUUGUCUUUUUGCUUGUGUAUUUACAUCGCAUGCACGCAUUUAUGAUAUGUGAAAGUGAUGUCUUUUUAAAUAUUUGGUCUUGCCAAGCAAAUAAGAAAUUUGUAACAUGUUUUCAUUACAAAUUAUGGUGAAAAUGCAUUCAAAAGUGAAAAUUAAGGAGAAAUUGUGUAUUUUA